UUUUAUUUUUUUUAACUGUGUGCAUAAGUGCAUUUUUUUUAAAUUUGAGAGCAGUAUGAUAUCGGCAUGCCAGACUUUGUCAGUGGAAUGUAGAAGUGAGAUAUGACCCUUGUGUUCAACACCUCCCUUGCUCAGAGGCAACACCAUCACUUGGUUUCCUGACUCUCACAUCUCAUCACUACUUCAUCUGACAACUAGGUUAAUCAAUACACUUCUGGCUUUUAAGAUCACUUAACUCUUUUUUUAAUGAGAUCAUCUCAACACGGUUCAAGUUUUUACAGUAACUGGAGUUGGAAGACUAUUGUGUGAAGGGACAUGGAGGCUGUGUUCGUACUGGUGUUGGUGAUGUUAGCAGCAGUGUCUCAUGCUACAGACGUGACCACCUGUACUGCUACUCAGAACUCAUCCCAGUGUUCUGUGUCCCUGUGUGGAACUCUGGAUCUCCAGCUGAUGACCAAUGCAAGUGGAUGUGAACUGCUGUUUAAAAAGAACCUCACUGAUGGUCCGACACUGAUAUUCUCACUGAAAAGAAACAAGGUGACCUUCAAGGGACCCAUUGAAGGCAGAUCACAGUUCUUUAUGAACAACGGGACCUUUUGGUUAACCAACGUGGAGAGGGCUGAUUCUGGGAAAUACUUCUUGGAGAUCUACGAUUCCGGAGGGGAACGUUUGGGAACCAGACGAGUACAGCUGGACAUUGAAGGACUAUGUCUACCCAUGGUGCUCAUUUUAGGGUCAUUGUCAGCUGGUGUCGUCGUCCUAGCAUUGAUGCUGGUAGGCUGCUGUAUUGGGAGAAGGAGAAUAUUCAACACCACAGAUGCAGAACUCAAAGGACUUCAGCCUUCAGAAUGAGGAAGGAGGCGAUCAAACCUGUGGAAACCUAUAACGGAGAGGAGAUAGAGGUUGUGGAGGCUGCUGAGGGGAGGACGGCUCAUAGUAAUGGCUGGAAUGGAGUCAAUGGAAUGGUAUCAAACGUGGUUUCCAUGUGGUUGAUACCAUUCCAUUGGCUCCAUUCCAGCCAUUAUUAUGAGCCGUCGUCCCCUCAGCAGCCUCCACUGUUGUGGAGUCAUUAGUAGACCUACUGUAGCAGAGAGAGGUUAUUGAUAAGAAACUCGAAUGGAGAGAACAUAUUGAUUGAUUUAUUGAAUGAAUUUAUUAGAUAAUUAAGCUGCUCCAGCCGGAGACCACAUUACAUACAUUAAUACAUUAUCGAGGAUAAAAACACAAUAAAGCCCAGAGUCCUAUUUCUCAAUGCAAUUAAAAUUAUGAACAGUAGCCAUUUACAACAAUUUACAACGAUAUCCAUUUAAAACAAUUAAAAAAAAUAUCAACAGCACAGAGGUCCCGUUUGAGUCACCUCGUCAAAGAAUACCCUUAAUCAAAUGGACAUGUUAUUUCUCAAGUAUGCUUUUAGUGACACCUUAAAGCAAUUCUGUGAUGACAGAGUUUUCAGGUAGCUUGGUAAAACUGUUCCACAGGACUGCAGCAGAAUACAGGAAAUAGUUUUCCACCAUGGAGCUCUUGAAUCUACAGGGAACAAAGUUCCCUCUGGUGGAAUACUGAUUGGUGUCAUUUAUACGGCUGAAAUAAUUUUGUUGUCAAACCCCAAUUUAAACUGGGUGACUUUAGUUUCCACCUUGAGCCGUUUCAGUUCAUCAAAGUGAGAUGGUUCAAGAUUAAUAUUAGGUGGAAGUUUCAGAAUAAUCCUGGCUCUUCUUCUGAGAGGUCAGAAGAUUUUUCUUUAUACCUUGGGGGGAACCGCUGUACCAAGAGGCACAAGCAUAAUCAAAAUGACACUGCAUACCAGUACCUGUUUCCUUUGUUCUUUCAGUGUAUGCAUUCAUUGACUUCUAAUAAGUAUUUUUUAUGGUAAUGGCUUGUUUCUAUCAGUUUUAUCAGUUAUUUUGCCAGCUAUGAAUUGGCAGUGGCGUUAAAUUACAUGAAUACAUUCCCUCCAUAAAUGGAAACUAAUUGUAAUUUUACAACUUUUUUUUUCAUGAGAAAUAAACAGAAUGAGUCUAA